AUGGGCGAAACCGGGCCUUGUGGACCAUGUUCUGAAAUCCAUUUUGACCGUAUAGGAGGUCGCGACGCGGCACACUUGGUGAACCAGGAUGAUCCAAAUGUUGUGGAAAUAUGGAAUCUCGUAUUUAUGCAAUUCAAUCGUGAACAAAACGGUUCACUGCGCCUGCUUCCUAGUAAACAUAUUGAUACCGGAAUGGGAUUAGAGAGAGUUGUAUCGGCCUUGCAAAAUAAAUAUUCAAACUACGAUACGGACAUUUUCGUGCCUAUAUUUGAUAAAAUUCAGGAAAUAACGGGUGCCAGAGCUUACACAGGGAAGGUAGGUGCCGAAGAUUCUGACGGAUUGGAUAUGGCCUAUAGAGUGAUUGCAGAUCACGUGCGAACCCUAACCUUCGCGAUAUCUGAUGGCGGUGUUCCGAGUAAUGAGGGGCGUGGUUACGUGCUAAGAAGAAUCCUCAGGCGCGGUGCACGUUACGCUAGAAAAAGGUUUAAUGUGCAAAUUGGUCGAUUCUUUUCAAGUUUGGUGGAUACGGUCGUCAAGGAGAUGGGCGAAGCUUUCCCAGAAAUCUCUAAAAGAAUUGUCGAUGUUAAAGAGAUCCUUAACGAGGAAGAAGAAUCAUUUUCGCGUACCUUAGAUCGUGGCGAAAAACUCUUUGAUGUCUAUUUACAGAAGGCUAAACAGGCUGGAUCUAAAGUUCUUCCCGGUGCCGACGUCUGGAGGUUAUACGAUACCUACGGAUUUCCGGUUGAUUUGACUCAAUUAAUGGCUGAAGAAAACGGCCUUGGUGUCAAUGAACAAGAAUUCUUGGAAGAACAAGAGGAAGCCAGAAAACGGAGCCGUCUAGCUCGCAGUGACGGUGCCGGCGGUGAGGAAGUUGUUGCAUUGGACGUGCAUGAUAUUGCAAAAAUUGAAAACUUGCCUAUAACGAAUGACAGUUACAAAUAUCAAUCUUGUAACAUUAACGCUACGAUCAGUGCCAUCUACUAUAAUCAUUCAUUUCCUCAAAGUACUGCCGAUAUCCCAUCCGAAAAAAGUUUCGGCAUAAUACUCGAUCGUACGAAUUUCUACGCUGAACAAGGUGGACAACAGUAUGAUACAGGUUCUGUCACUAUUGACGGUCAGGCCGAGUUUGUGGUAGAAAACGUUCAAAUAUUCGGUGGUUAUGUAUUACACAUUGGAUAUCUUAAGUAUGGUAACCUAUCUGUUGGCAACGAAAUUGUCGCAACUUACGAUGAACUCCGUCGAUGGCCGCUUCGGAACAAUCACACAGCCACGCAUAUACUGAAUUAUGCGUUACGUGAAGUGCUGGGUGAUACGAUAGAUCAGAAAGGUUCAUUGGUUGCGCCCGAGAAGUUGAGAUUUGAUUUUUCGUUUAAGAAAGGUGUCGCGAAUGAUGAGCUCGUUCUCAUUGAAAAGAUUUCCAACGAUUUCAUUAAGAAAAAUCAAAAAGUUUACUCGAAGGAUGUCCCAUUGCCAGUUGCCAAGGCCAUUUAUGGUCUCCGAGCUGUAUUCGGAGAAGUCUAUCCUGACCCUGUUAGGGUGGUGUCAAUCGGAUAUGACGUCGAUGACAUCAUAAAAGAUAUUUCGAAUCCACGAUGGAGGGAAACUUCAAUAGAAUUCUGUGGUGGAACGCAUGUCGCGAAAACCGGUGAUAUUAAAAAUUUUAUUAUAUUAGAAGAAUCUGGUAUUGCUAAGGGAACGCGUAGAAUUGUUGCCGUGACAGGCGAAGAAGCUCAACAGGCUCAUAGACUUGCCGAAGAGUUCCAAGUGAAAUUUGAUAACCUUUCAAAAUUAAAAGGAACCGAGUUGGAUGCCUCGCUUAAACAAAUAUUGAAAGAAUUAGACGCAUCGAACAUAUCUGCCUUGAAAAAGUCGGAACUUCGGUUAACUCAUGAAAAACUCAAGAAAGCUUUCAUUGAAGCAGAUAGGGCCCAGAAAGCAACACAGGCUAAAGAGGUUAUUGAUAUGAUAAAUGAUUACUUUGAAAAAAAUCCAGAAAGUCGCUAUUUAAUAAAAUUAGUGGAUAUUGGCUCAAACACUAAAGCGAUUGCGAGCGCAAUAACGCACGUCAAGACCAACCUAAAAGACAAGGCCGCCUAUUUGUUCACGGUUGACGAAAGUUCCAAUCGAGUUUCUCACAGUUGCACCGUAGGAAAGCCGUUAAUAGAAAAAGGAUUAAAAGCAAAUGACUGGGCCAAAACUGUAUCGGAAAGUGUAGGCGGAAAGUCCGGUGGAAAAGAGGAUGCCGCCCAAGGUAGCGGAAACAAUGUUGAUAAGAUUGAAGACGCACUAAGGAUCGCUGAACAAUUUGCGAAACUUCAACUCUCUACAUAG